AUGGAGACGGCGGCGCCGCGUGAUGACGUCACGCGCAGUGGCUGGCGCUGCUGGCGGCUGAGGAAGGGGACGGGGACGUGGGGGACGUCCUGGCCGAGCUGCUGGGCCGCGUGCUGGAGGAGUGCUUCCAGCUCUACCUGGCUCGGCAGGUGGGCAGCCCCCCACUGCCUGGGGGACACCGCGGCCACCGUCCCCGUGGGCCCCUCUUUGCCACCGCAGCGGGCACCGAGGCGGGUCCUGUGCCCGCAGCGCGUGCCCUUCACCGUGAGCCAGGCGAGGGACGCCGUGCUGCAGGUGGCCGAGUGGCGCUUCCAGGCGCGGGACGAGGGGGACGCGGAGCUGGAAGGUGGCGCCUGGCAGGAGGACGAGGAGCCCCAACCCUGUGCCAUCGACGCCUGGGCUCAGGGCUCGGUUCCCGUCCUGCAGGAGCACCCGUCCCCGUGCCCGGGGGACAGAGAGGUCUCCAGCACCGACACCGUCCUGGCCGAGGCCGAGUGCGCCUCCUCGGCACCCCGCGGUGUGCCAGCACCUUCCCACGCGCCUCUGCUGCAGGACGGGGCGCUCACCGCUCCCCAGACACCCAGGGGAAGAUCCAGCAGCUCCCCCAGCCCAGCGCCACGACCAGCCCCACAGCCAGCCCCACAGCCAGCCCCACUCCACCCUGCCGUGGCACGGCCCCACCGCCAGCCCCGGCACCAGCCCAAGCCCUCGCCUGGCCUCAAGAGCCCGGAGCCCCUGGCACAGAGGGAGGCUGGCAGCACGGCGGAGGUCAGCGUGGAUGGGCUGCUGCUGCCUCUCUCCUGCAGACCCCUGGUGAAGAUCCAGACGGGGAGGCCCCCAUGCAGCAAGGCGAGGGCGUGUGGUAAGCCCGGCACCACGCUGGGAACCUCCCGGCUGGACCCCUCCAGGCGCUGGAUCCGGCCCCAGGUGGAGGUGCUGGACCCGGGCGAGGAGGCCAAGUGGCAGCCGUGUCCCCCAGCCGCCCGCCGGCACAGCCGGGAGCCUCGGAGCCCCUCCGUGCGGCGCGAGGGGCCGGGCAGCUCGCUGCCCCCCCUGGGGCUGGCAGCUGCAGGGGGGGCACAGCUCCUGCCGCCUGCCCCGGGGGCCCGGCAGCCCAGCAGCCCCCAGCCCCCAGAGCUGGGCUCCUUGCUGGGUGCCGUCCGGCUGGCCCCUGGUGUCACCAUCAGGCGUGGAGAAGGCGAGAGGCACGGGCUCUGCCUCCCUGCACACCACGAGGAGGAGGAGGAGGAGGAGAUGGGGGAGGCCAGGCGGGACCUGAGGCCCCUGCGCCCCGCUGUGCCCUUCCCCACUGUGUCAGUGAGCCAGGUCACCGGCUAUGGCCCGCAUUGAAUGCAGCACCCAUCCAACACCUCCCAGGCUGUGGGUCAGUGUUUGGUGUGCGGGGACCUCUCUGCUCGGGGCCAGCCCCGUUCCCAUCCCAGCGUGUCCCGCACAGAGCCGUGGGCACUGUGGGUGCCGACCCCCUGCUCCCCUCUGUAGGCUCUGUGUGUCCCAGGGCUGCUGCUGGCAGCCAGCUCCUAACCCAGCGCCUCCAACGCCGCUCCCUCCCCUCCUCUCCUGGGCAUUUCCCAGCAGCUGCCGGGUCUGGCACCGGGGGUUCCCGGUGUCCUGCAGCACCGUGUGCGCCCUCACUGCGGGCACGAGGCACCGCCUUGCGCCAGGCUGGGUGCCCGCACCCCUGCUGCUCCCCAGCCUCGUGCACCGGGCAGCCCCGGGCUGGGAGGGCAGAGCUGCGGGCACCGGAGGUGACCCAUGGGGCAUGGGCUGGGGAACGAGCUCCAACAGCUCCCUGCCUGCUGCUGGCCCCAUACCCACCGGCCCCGUGCCCACCAGCCCUGUGCCCACCAGCCCCCUCGCCCUGCCGGAGCUCCGGUGCUGCACCGCAUGCUGGGGGUGCGGGCUCGUCCUGUGGGCUGAGUGCCACCGAUGGAUGCAGCACGUGGUGAGGUUGAGCUCUUCACAAGCUCUGGGAAACAAAGCAAAUAAACCCGAGGUGCUCCCGUAGCACCUGGGAAGCAGCACUCGGCAGCAAUCAUUUAUCAGGCCAGCUUUUCAGCUCGGCUGGGGGACUGAGCCACCACAGGGCUGGCUCUGACAGCUCUCUGGCUGCACAAGUGCCCCAGUUUUGCUAAAAAGAACCAUUUCUGGGCUGUGCCGGUCUGCUGGUACUCAGGGGUGGCUCAGCUGGGGACGGGGAUUGGCACCGGGGAAAUGCCCGGCGUGGCCAGGGAGCAGCGGCAGAGCGGGGCCGGUGAUGCUCAUCCAGCACCAGAUGCUUCGAGUUGUCUGUGCCCGGGGGAGCUGGAAACGUUCCCCAGGGAGCACCGCCGGUGCUGCUGCCGAUGGAAUGACCAGAAGGAGAUGGCCAGGAGUGUGCCAAGGAGAAGAGCGGUGCCGGUGUCCCCAAACUGCUGGGCGCAUUGGGAAUAGCUUCCCUCAAAAAGUGCGUUCGGUGCACCGCAAUAAAGUGUACCUACUAAUGAAGUAUCCCUACUAAUGAAGUGUACCUAUUAAUAAAGUAUACCUAUUUUA